AUGGCAUUAGCAGCUGAUAGAAGACCAAUUUCAAAUUUACCAGUAGGUGCAACUCCUACUUCACCUUCAUUUAAUCCAAAAACUUUAAAUUUAACAGGUAAAAACUCAACACAAUCACAAUCUCAAUCUCAAUCGACUCAAGAUAAGAUUGAGUCUUCUGAUUCAGACGACUAUCAUGAUGAUAAUCAAUUACUUUCAAGUAGAUCAGUUUCACCUGAUUCUAUUUUAGACCAUCAAAAUUUACAACAAAUAACACGAGAUUCAACUCCACCUACUUCAACUUCUUCACCACCAUCUUCAUCAUCAACUCAACAAACCAACAAUAAUUCUUCACGAAUUGAACCACCUAUAACAGCAAGUACUGCUUCAGUGUUAAAAAAAGUUAAAAAAUCAAAACCUGUUUCAAGAGCUCCAAUUGCAACCGGUAUUUCAACUGCAAUUCCAGUUACUGGUGAAAAACCAAAACCUGUACAAAAAGGUGAUGCAAGUUUAGAAGAUGAUGUUUUAUAUGCUAUUUUUGUUAUCCUAUAUGAAAAGGAUCCAAAAGGUGAAGGUAUGACUGUUAAACAAAUUUGUGAUGUUUUAUCAGAGUUACAUCCAGAAAUGGCAAAUCUAUCAACAAAAACUUCAAAUUUAGUAAGUGCAAAAUUAAAUGCUUAUGUUAAAAGAGUUGAAAAAGGUGAUACAAGUUUAAAUUAUGCAAUUAGUAGAGAUUGGGCUGAUGCAUCACCAAAGAGAAUGGUUUAUGUUUAUCGUGGUAUAUUAGCUCCAGGGUUUGAAGUGGUUGCCAAAAAAUUAAUGGAUGAAUUAAAACAACAAAGAGGCGAAGAAGAACAAAAUCAAUCUUUAAACCAGGAUGACCCACUUUCAAACAUUAAAUCUGAAGAACCAGACUCACCGAAACUGAAAAAUUCAAAUUACUCAAAUUCAACAACUACAAAUCAGUUAUCAUCAUCCAUAGAUUUUAAUUAUAAUGAUGAAUCACUUGAAGCUGGUAAACAAGCAACAUUGUCAAAGCCAAGAAGACAAACAAUGUUUGAUUUAGGUAUAACUAAAAAUACAUUUAAUGAUAUUUCAUCCACUGGGUUUGAUAAAAUCAAUUUAUUUGUUCCUUAUUCAUCAGCUCCUGUAACUGCAUCAUUAACUGAAUUAACAAUCAAUGAAAAAGAUUCAACUACCACUACAAAUAACUCUAAUUCAAUGGAUUUUGAUGAAGAAUUUGAAGGUGUUUUUGCUGAUUCAGAAGAUGAUGAAGAUGAUUAUUUUGUAGAAUCAAUUAAAAAAAAUGGUAAACGUUCAAAAUCAAUGAGUUAUAUAUCAUUAAAUAAUAAAAAAUCAAAAGUUUUGACAGCAGCAGCGGCAGCACCAAGAGCUUCAAGAGCACCAAGUUCACAUUCUCCAGAUGCAGCAGCAGCAGCAGCAGCUUUACAUGCAGCAGCAAUAAGAGCAAUUUCAAGAGCAAAUUCAUUUGUUCAACCAAACAUCACAAACAAAAAUUCAACAAAUUCAACAAACAAAAAUUCAUCAACAAAUACAAAUACACCAAAGACUUUAAAAACUGGAACUGCUGGUUCAUGUUCAAAUAAAAAAUGGUUAAAUGUUAUAAGAUCUGGUUUUUUGAGUCAAGAUAUUGGUGCUCCAGAAGAUACAAGCUUAUCUGAUUUAGAUAAAUUUUUUAGCUAA